UUAUUAUUCUUUUUAAUUCAGGGGACGCUUCGUGUGCUGCUAGUUUUACUGCAUGAUUUCCCCGAAUUCCUUUGUGAUUAUCAUUAUGGAUUCUGUGAUGUUAUCGCUCCGAACUGCAUCCAAAUGCGGAACCUGAUUUUAAGUGCUUUUCCUAGAAAUAUGAGACUGCCAGAUCCUUUCACUCCAAAUCUUAAAGUGGAUCUGCUGCCUGAAAUUACUCAAGCUCCAAGGAUAUUGGCGAAUUUCAAUAAUUUAAUACAACCUCCGUCUUUUAAAAAGGAUUUGGACUCUUACAUAAAAACUAGAGCACCAGUAACAUUCUUAUCUGAACUCAGAAGUAGUUUACAGGUUUCUAAUGAGCCUGGAAUGCGGUACAAUAUUCCUCUUAUAAAUGCUUUGGUUUUGUAUGUGGGAACCCAGGCCAUUAAUUAUAUUCAAAGUAAAGGUUCUACUCCAAACAUGAGCACCAUUACUCAUUCUUCUCAUAUGGACAUAUUUCAAAACCUUGCAGUCGAUUCAGAUACAGAAGGACGUUAUCUAUUUUUAAAUGCCAUUGCCAAUCAGCUAAGGUAUCCAAACAGUCAUACUCACUACUUUAGCUGUACCUUGCUAUACUUGUUUGCAGAGGCUAACACUGAAGCUAUUCAAGAGCAAAUAACAAGGGUAUUACUAGAGAGGCUUAUUGUCAAUCGUCCUCAUCCAUGGGGCUUGCUUAUAACUUUCAUUGAAUUGAUCAAAAAUCAGAAUUUCAAAUUUUGGAAUCAUGAAUUUGUACGGUGUGCCCCUGAAAUUGAAAAGCUUUUCGAAUCAGUUGCGAGGUCUUGCAUGCAUCCAAAGCCUUCAUCUGAACAGACGAGCUCAUGAAAACUGUGUAUAUAUCAAUGAAAAACUGUGAUUAAUGCCUCACUCAGACUAAAUGCAGCAGGGAUUGCUGCACUUGCCACAGUUCUUUCUCAUUCAUGAAAUUGUGUGUUCAACCUAUCUGCCAAAUAACAAACUUUGUGAUAGAAUGGUGUCGCAUUUUAAAUGGCAUGGCAGCUGGGAACAAUGUACAUUAAUCUUAUAGAUUUUGUUUUAUCUAUGUGUUUUUGUAGUUGAUAUAUGUUUUUUCUUUUUGAAAAAUGAUUUUUGCAAUAAAUAAAUUCUGAAAAUUU